AUGCAGCUCACUACCCUCUUCACUUUUGCGUCUUUGACCGCCGUUGCCGUUGCCAAACUGCACAGCGCUGCUGUCUGCGUCAAGAACAGACAAUAUGGCAGCACGGGCAACGGAACGCCCGCCGGUAUCACCUACGGGUCCUACACUUCAUACGAGAUCGCCACCGACGCAACCCAAUGUGCCUGCACCCACUACAAGAACCGUCACACCGGCAGCCACCAGUGGGACUCUUGCCCCGACUGCCACUUUGAUGGUAUCCAAUGUCUCUCGGACGGCUGGCACAUUGGUGGCGACGAGAUGACCUACUACUGCGAGAACCUGUGCGGCUCCGAGGGUGCUGAAGCCAACUAA